CUCAAGUCAACGGAUAUUUCAUACCACUGCUGUUACGGCAACCUGAACGAGAAGAACUGUCUUUAAAAUGGAGAUUAAAUCGAUCAUUUGCAUUGCAUUUAUUGCAUUGAUUUCACCCCAAUCAGAAGCUAUGGCGCUGCUUCCCACUAUCUCUGGCGAAACUGGUGAACCCAAAACGGCAUCGAAAGGUGUUGAUAACGAACGUCAGGGUUAUACCAAUAAUGGCGCAUUUGUAAACAACGGAGGUGUUUCAAACAAUGGACAGGGAGUACCAGCAGUAGGGUAUUACUGCAUGCCCUUUUAUGCUAACGGAGUUAAUGUAGGCGGAGGUUUCGUUAAUAUCGGAGGUUCAUCUGGAAGCGGGGCUGGUACUUAUGCUGGAGCAGGCCAAGCCGAAAUCAACGUAGGUUACCUUGGAGGCAAUCAGCCGGAGACCACCAACGCAAACGGAGUCAACGUUGGCGCAAUUUCUUCUGGAUUCGGUACAGGUUACGGAGGAAGCGGUUUCUCUGGACCUGGAACUAGUUACUUUGGAUUGAGCUCGUCAGGUGGAAAUAACGCUGCUGCAAUUGCAUCUGGAAUUGGCGCAGGUUACGGCACAGGAAAUUUGCCAGGAAUCGGUUCAACUGUCAAUAUAGGCGGAAGUUCUUUAGGACCUGGAACUGGAUACCUUGGAAGUAACCAAGGUUACGGAGGAGCAUCUUCUGGAGCUGGUACAGUUAAUGUUGGCGGAUCGUCAAGUGGAUCGUCAGGAUCUUCAGGAUCAUCCGGAGUAGGGUUGUCUAACUUUGGUGGAAGUUCUUUUGGGGCGGGGUUCGGUGGAAGCAAUUUGGGCUACGGUGGAAGUACUAACUCAGGUUACGGAGGACCAUCUUCGGGAGCUGGUACAGUUAAUGUUGGCGGAUCGUCAGGUGGCUCCGCUGCACAUUCAAGUGGAUCGCCGGGAGAAGGAUCAGUUAAUAUAGGCGGAAGUUCUUCUGGAACUGGUCAUGUUGGGAAUAACUUGGGUUACGGAGGGGCAUCGUCCGGUGUUGGUGCAGUUAAUGUCGGCGGAUCAUCAAACGGUGGUUCCGCUCCAUUGGCAAGUGGAUUGCCCGUAGGAGUAGGAGCAGUUAACAUUGGCGGAGGCUCUUUUGGGGCUGGUUAUGGUGGAAGCAAUUUGGGCUACGGUGGAAGUACUAACUCAGGUUACGGAGGAUCGUCGUUCGGUGUUGGUGCAGUUAAUGUUGGUGGAUCAUCAAACGGUGGAUCUGCUGCAUUGUCAAGUGGAGCUUCAGGAUCCCCAGGUUUCGGGUCGUCAUCGGCGUCAUCGGCAGCAUCAUCGGCAGCAUCAUCAGCAGCAUCAUCAGCAGCAUCGGCAGCAUCAUCAGCUUCAUCAUCAUCAGGAAAUUUUCCAGGCAACGUUGCUGCCAGUUCAUCGAGUGCAAGCGCAGUUAACGUUGGAGGUAUUGCGCCAGGGACCAAUUUCGCACCUGGAGAAAACGGCCAUAUCGGCGGCCACUAA